GGAAAGAGCAGACGAACGUCAUAUAUAACUUGGAAAUAAAAGUUGUACAACCUCGUGAAAAUCGCAUCUUGCUGUGUAUAACGCUGUUAAUGGAUAUUCCUGUUGCUGAGUUUGUGUAAAUAGGAGGGAAAAGAUAAGAGAAAUGGGAAGUAAGUCAGUGUUGGAUCCAACUAACGACGAGGAAUCUCUAUCAAAUAGUAAAGUGGGUAGCUCUGGUCCUUUUCAGGUAGGAAGACUACACGUUCACUGGAUGGGCACACAUAGGCUGGAGGAUACAAGUGGACACAGUGUAAAUGAUCUUACUUCGAUGAACUGCGUGCCAACUACUUGGCUUUCCCAGUGCAUGAAGUUUAUGCUGUACCCACCAGUUGGGUCACAUUCUGCAAAUGGGAAAAAUCAAGAACCAAGUCAAUGGAGAAGUAAUGUAUUUAAAAGAUUUCGGUACCCAACCAAUUCUUGGUUCGAGUACGACGUUGUUCAAGUUUUCAACGCAUCAAAGCCAGGGAGUCAUGAUAGGGUCUAUAAGUCUGCGUCUGCAGCCAUGAAAGGCAGUAAAACUUUUGAAGAUCUGCUAAAGUCUGACAACGACGUAACAUUUGGAAGGGGAAAUCGAGUAAAAAAGAAAAAAGUGUAUGAUACAGGAGUGGAUGAGCCGGAAAAAAAAAGGAAAAAAGCAAGUGAAGUAAAAGAAGUGAAAGACGCUCCGGCUGCUGUUAUCGGCCACGGUGAUGAAGGGCAGUCAAUCUUACCUGACGCUGGUGGUGAAAUCAGUGCUGUUGUCGCCCGGGCAGUGUUUCCUUUGCUCUCAGAUAACUGGAAUGUUGACAAAGAUAGCAAUGAUGAAGAAACGAUCUUUCCACUUGAACCAACAUCUUGGGUGGAGCAGGGCGAACAGAGCGCAACUCCAGAGUUUCAUGGAACAAUGAUGAAUUUAGACACGCAUCAACUAUGCCCAUCUUUAUCGCCUUCAUUAAAUGGGCCGACAGGCAAUACGUCAACCAAUGGGACAACAGGUAUGACUUUCGACCAAUCUAUGAUGUUCCGUCUUCUUAAUGCCAUCGAACGGGUGACCUCGCUAGAAAAUGCCAUUGGUACCAUUGAAGCUAAUGUGUCCGCCACACUUGCAUUAAUUCUUGAAAAGCUUGGGGCAUUGGACCAAAAAAUUGAAGCAAUUCGUAAGGUCAAAGUCUACAAAAUGGCAGAAGUGGAUUUUGACUAUCAUAAGUCGGUGAUUGACACUCAUUUUAAAGAAUUGCCCGUAAAAUCCACGAAUGCAGUGGAGGCAAUUGAUUUUUCUUUGCAGGACAACACUUUAGCCAUAAGUCUGGUUUUCUUUUAUGUCGAGAAAAUUAAAACAGUUAAAACUGUCAACAAACUGUUUUAUCUGAUGCUGGACUUUCUGGUAUCCAAGGAAGUUAGCAACAAAAUGCAGUGGAAAAUGAUGCCUAGGGGCAAAGACAGCAGGCCCGGAAUGGCUGGCCUUUUCAAUCUAUUAGCCGUCUUCGGAGUGGCCGCAAGGACUUUUGCAAAAAAAAAAGGAGAACAGUUAAAUGAAGGAAGAAUACAGCAGCUCGUACGUGAUGCAAGGAAAACACACGCCCGAGAAUUUCGGGCAACAUCCCGUGGCAAUGAACAAGCAGCAGAUGAUGCACCUGCCACAGCAGCAGGAGCAACGCAAAUUCAAGACAACGAUGGCGUUACACUAAAAGAGUACAUCGACCGACUACAAGCACUAGUAAACGGUUUUAGCCGUUAAUUUCAUUUUGCGUUGCUACUGCUAUUUUUUACAUGUUAAACCGAUGUUUAGUUUACAUUAUUUUGGGUUUGUGAACCACUGGACUGCAUCAGUCCAUUAUUGUGGUUGCGUUUUUUUUUCCAUUCCAAUUUAAUGAUCUGUUUUCAUUUUACCGUGGAAUUCCAAUAAAAUGUAUUGGCAGACAUUCAA